AUGUUUUGCGUAGCGAAAUCCGCCCUGAAGCCAACAGGCCUUCUCUCAAAAUCACCCAGACUUACUCGCCAUGUUGCAAGUCAAUCAGUCUCACAGCCAAAAGCAGAAGGUGACAUAUCUGCUGUGUUUCCUUCCCUUUCGGGUGUUGUUAUGGAGCCUUUACCUCAACGAUUUACCGACAUCAAACGUCAAUUGAUCCGAGGAAAUGAAGAAAGGCUGACAGAAAGUUGGCAACGGCUUUUGAAGCAAUUGGCAACUGAGAACGAAAUUGUCCGACAGCGAGGUCCCGACAUUAUUCCACAAAUAGAAUUCGAGGACCUGAGAAAUGCUCCUUCGACUUUCGUCAAUGAGACCAAGAAACGAGGAGUAGCAGUCAUCAAAGGUGUCAUUCCAGAAAAUGAAGCUCGAGGUUACAAGAAUGAAGUUGAGGAUUACGUGAAGCGAAAUCCUUCCACCAAAGCAUUUCCACCUGACAAUCCCCAGAUCUUUGAAUUAUACUGGUCCCCAGCACAAAUGAAAGCUCGACUCCAUCCAAAUUUGAUUUUGGCACAGACUUCGCUCAUGAAUAUGUGGCACACAAACGAUAAAGAUGCUCUCAUAUCGACAUCCUUACCACUCACGUACGCGGAUCGGAUUCGUAUCAGACAGCCAGGCGACAACCAAUUUGCUUUAGGACCGCAUGUUGAUGGUGGAAGUGUGGAACGCUGGGAACCCAAUGGAUACGGUCUCGGCGGUGUCUACGACAAAGUCUUCCAAGGUCGAUGGGAAGAAUACGAUCCGUGGGAGUCAAGUGCGAGAAUUCCUGCCGUUACCGAUCUCUACCAGGGUCCAGGUGGAUGCUCCAUGUACAGAAUGUUUCAAGGCUGGUUGGGACUUUCCCAUACCUCGCCACGAGAAGGUACUCUCUUGGUGAACCCUCUUCUACAACUGGCAACUGCAUACUUUCUCCUCAGACCAUUGUUCGACCCUGUGCGAUCACCUGGGGGCUUCGCUGCAGGUGAUUCGUCACAGUAUUUGAGCUCAGAGAACUGGAAGCUCAAGAGUGCCAAAGAGAUGGAUUCAACUCUUCAUGGAGCCAAUCCCGGUUCUAGUCAAGAGUUCAAUGACGAUUUACAUCCCCACCUCAACUUGAAGCACAGCAUGGUACAUGUCCCUACAAUCAAGCCUGGCGACUUCGUGGUAUGGCACUGUGAUACGAUUCAUGCAGUAGACCAAGUACACACUGGUAAAACAGAUUCAAGCGUCAUGUACAUUCCAGUAUGCCCAGCCACCGAACUGAACGCGAAGUAUUUGGCUCAACAGCGAGAGACGUUCGCAGCUGGAGUACCUGCACCAGACUUCCCUGGAGGAAAGGGCGAGUCGGAGCACAUUGGCAGAGCCACUAUUGAGUCCCUAUCUGGUGAAGCAAAGGAGUUUGGUUUGAGUUCAAUGGGUCUGUCGAAGCUGAGUGAGCCAGCAGGGGAGGGAUUACCAGGUGCUCAGAAAAUGAUUCAGCGAGCGAACCAGCUCCUGGGAUUUUCAUGA